AUACCACAAGUCAUAUCUGUUUUCACGUUUCUGUUCGUGGAGUUAUCAUUAGUUAUCACAGCAAAUGACAACUACUUCUAGUGGUACAUCCAGCUAAAUGUCAGGAAGGAAACAUAUCCUACCUGCAUAGAUUUGUAACGCACAUAAAUCUGAGGGUGCGGCGAUGGCGCAUCGUCAGGGGGCCACGGGCACACUUUCAGCAGGUCCGAUUUUGGAAAAGGAAGGCUGUGACUCCUCUGCAGUGCCGCUUCACUCACUCCCAAUAAACGAUGACAUCCCAGUCGAUGAGGUUAUCUUCAUUAACCCCCUAACUCCACCACUGCCAGCGUUGACCGCUCUCGAAUCAGACCAGUUGAGCAGGGCAGAGCCAGACAGAGCUAAGGAACAUGGAUUGUUGAUCUCGGACACAUCCCCUGACCCGGUCAUAAAGGUCAUGAAGGAGGAUCCCUUAUGGGUGACAGAGGCGGCGUCUACCAAGAGUGUCAGGGUUCAUAACCAUGAGUGCUCCCUUUGUGAUAAAGCUUUUGGCACUGCUAGCGCCCUCAAUAAGCACCUAUUGAGCCACCAGCAGGACCGGCCACACAUUUGCCCCAUCUGCCAACGGGCAUUUAAACGGCACGAUCACCUCAACGGGCACAUGCUGACCCACCAGAAGCGGAAGCCGUUCCGGUGCAUGGAGCCCGGCUGCCAGAAGAGCUACUGCGACGGCUACGCCCUCAAGCGCCACUGCGCCUCCCAGCACGGGAUCUACCUCCUGCCGCCCCCUCCUCCCUCUUCCGCCCAGGUCCACGUGGGGGUCGGCGCGUGGGCCGACGGCCUGGGGGGCGCGGGCGGGGUCCGCAGCGACUACCACUCCAUUUUCUUCUCCCCGCCCAAGCCCGCGUCGAAGGCUCCGCACAAGGGCGCGGAUUACUCGGGCUACGGGGGUUUCCACGGCUACGCUACUGCAGCCGGGCUCGGGGUGAGUCACGGCUUCCAGGGGCCCGGUGCCCCUCAAGCUCAGCAGCCUCUCAUAGCCUCAGACCCCUGGGCCCAGGCGGAGGCUAAGCAGUCCUACGGCGAGGGCCCGGGCGAGCUCCACACCUCUCAGGGGAUGUCCGUCGCCCCGCAGUGGGUCCCCAGCCUGGAGCCGGAGGUGAACACCAUCGGCACGUCCCCGAGCUGUGGCUCCAGGCUGGGCGGUCUGGGUCCCCAGUGCUGGGAGAGCGGCUUAGACUUCCCCGUGUCGGAGCUCCAGGCCCUGGAGGAGAUGCUGUCCUUACAGACGCCCAGGGAGGCUUUGAGCUCCGGAGGGGCCUGCACUGUGGGCUCGGCCCCCUCCGAGCCCUCCUCCUCCUUACCCAAACCCAGGCGCCCGUCCAUAGUGAUUAAGCAGAAGCUGCGGCAGGCCAACCCCAAGGGCAGGCCCCAGCAGCAGGCUCCAGCUCGCUCGGCCUCAACCCUCAAAAGCUCCGCUCGUACGCAGUCUGCGGCCGCCUCAGGAAACGCUCCCGAACCUGUGAACGACCACGCGCUGGGCCAGUCCAGCCCGGAGCAGCCCACCCAGCCCAGCCCAGCAGGGACCCCCAAACCGGCUCCACAGAGGGGGGAGGAGGCGAGGAAGAAGAGGCCAAGGAAGAGGAAGGCAAAGGAGUCUGAUCUUCCGGCUCCGACUUUUCCACCACCCCUCCCUGCUUCCGUCGCCGCCUCCCGACGCCAGCGGCCACGCCCUCUAUACCUCGUCUCUCCAAGCCAGGUGGCUAUGGCUUCUUUCAGUACAGAUAGCGCCCCCUGUCAGCUCUCAAAGGGAGGAAAACUUGCUGUCAUUAAUGUUGCCGAAAAUGGACAAAGCACUGACGAUAGGGGGCACCAUGGGGCUCUCCCCUCAGAGUCCACCAGCAGCCAAUCCGGGGUCUCGACCGGCCCUGGGGAACCCCUCUCACUCCCAAGCGAAGCUCUGACGCAGCGGGGUGCAGAGGGGCGGGGAGAGGAUUCGGGGGUGUGGCCCGAGGCUCUGGAGGCUACCUGCACCGUUGAGCCGGCCUCUCUCUCGCCCCAGACGCCCCUCUCGCCCCUGGUCAUUCCGGUCUCCGUGCCAGUCACGGACAGGAAGGAAACGGCCGCGGGGCUCGUGGAGGGAGGCCAAGCCGUCGACCCUGCAGCAGAAAGACCUCCGGGCAGCACAGGGACUUUGAAGAGGGCCCAUCGCUUUGAGUUCCUGAAGACGCUGUUCAUCCCCCCACCCGCGCCCCCCCAGACGUCCCCGCCCCCCGUUUUCGAGGAGGGGGGCACGGGGGGUCAGCGGUGCCGGGCGGCGGGGGGGUACCCCAGCCAGCUGCGCUCCCCCGUCUACCUGGCCGACCACCUGCUGAACCCCGGGUUCCAGCCCCCCCCGUACACCCCCCCGCCCAUGCUGAGCCCCCUCCGUCGGGGCACCGGGCUCUACUUCAGCACCCUGCCCCCGCCUCACCCCGGGCCCCCGCCUCCCAGCACGUACACCGCCACGCUGGAUGUGGCAGACGGUAUCUCCCUCGUGAUGGAUGACACGGUCGUCACCAUCGAGCCGAGGAUCAACGUGGGCUCCCGUUUCCAGGCGGAGGUCCCCCCCCUCCGGAACCUGCUGCUGAUGCUGUACGAGGAUCACCCCGCCCAGCUCCUCUGGGCCCCCUGGGGGGACAUCGGCAGCAACCCCAAAACCCAGCAGCGGGUGACGGAGCUGCUGGACCUGUGCUGUUCCAGCGUUCUGCCAGGAGGGGGCACCAACACGGAGCUGGCGCUGCACUGCCUGCACGAGGUCCAGGGCGACGUUCUGGCCGCCCUCGACUUGCUGUUAAUCCGGGGAGACUACUACACGUCGUCGCACGUCACGAGGGACUACCACUACACAGGCUCGGAUCCCUGGAGCGCCCGGGAGAAGAGGCUGUUCCGCAGAGCUCUGGUCGCCCACAACAAGGACUUCCAGCUCAUUCACGCCGUGCUGCAGAGCAAGUCCGUGGCGCAGUGCGUGGAGUACUACUACGCCGUGAAGAAGCUGAGGAAGUUCAAGCCGCGCACUCGGGGGGCGGAGGGCAGGGAGGAAGACGACGGAAACCCGUUAACGGAGUCUCCGCGGGGGCGCGAGGAGGCUCUUUUGGGAAGAGCGGGCACCCGAAGGGGCCUGGUGAGACACAGAGGGGCCCCACUGGUCCCCAAUGCCCCGGCGGGCGCUUUGGAGUACCCCUGUGGGGAGUGUGGCCGGAGCUUUGAGAAGGUCAAGAGCCGCAGCGCUCACAUGAAGACCCACCGGCAGCAGGAGAGGGAGUGCCCGGCGCACGAGAGCUGCUCCGUCACCUGUCUGGGGGCGGAGCUCGAACAGGAAGAGGCGGGGCUAAGACCAGGUUCAGAGGUUAGGUGGAGGCCAUUUCAUUUUUGAGCCUUGCCAUGUUUUUCCAUCUAGGCUGGUGCUUCUUUAGGUUAGCUGCUCUGUUUCUGGACAGUUUCGCCCAGCCUACGCUUAAACACUUAAAUACAGUAAUGCAUGCCAUUUUGCCACCAGUCAUUUGGGCAAGCAAAUGAUGAGCAAAUCCAUCCAAGUGAUUUUAAUAGUCUUCACUGCCAUAGGGUUGCAUCACAUAAAAUGUGAAAAUGCUAAACUGGGAUCCACAAUCCUUCUUUGUGAACUGGAAAUACUGUGUUGUUUUCCAUCAACCAGUAUAGAGCAUGCAGCCUUCAGCAUAAAGGAAAUAAAAGCGUCUAGAGCUACUGUGCCUUUAAAAAAGACAAACGAACACAAAUUCAUGUCUGCAGGGUACAGUCGCACCUUUAGACCCACAUAUCCAAAUUAAUCUGUCAAUUCCAGAUAUUCCAGUUCAAGAGCUUGAGGUAUUAGUGCACUAAUGCUUUCUGAACCUCGGCCCCACCUUCUCCGAUUUUAGUAUUCAUGUUACUCUCCUAUAGUUUACAAUAUAGUGUGUUCAUGGAGUUGGAUGUUCAAGAUUAAGUUUAACCAAGUUCAGUGUCUACAUUCCUUUGCUAAAUUUGGCAUUAAUGUUCAUUGGCUAAAUAUGCAAUAAGCUGCUUUUUAUUUUUAUUUUAUUAAUCUAUUUUUUUUGUUUACCACAAUUAAUGAUGGGGCACGUGCACCAAUUAUACACUAAUGUGUUUAAAAAGAUUUACUUAUGCAACAUUAAUUUAAAGUGCAAAGUACAGCAUUAAUUGUGGCCUUGGAAAAUACUGAAAGUUAAUAAAAAUUUAAAUUAUUCUUACAAACUCGUCUAUUCUA